CAAACUUUGACUUUGACCGGAUUCGGAAAAGACCGUAGGCCGCCGACACUGGACGGAAGGCGGCCGCCUACGGUGACCGCCUGCGGCAGAAGACGACGAAGCAACCACCGGCCGGUGGGAUUUGACGGCAGGCGGCCAGACAGGAACGGCAGGCGGCCGCCUGCUGGACCGCCUGCGGCGGCCGGGAUCCGCCGGGAUCCGCCGGGAUCCGAUUUGACAGUGAAAAGACGGCAGGCGGCCGAUGGGUGACGGAAGGCGGCCGCCCUCUGUGGCCGCCUACGGCUGACGGAGACCAGCCCACGUGUCGUUGCCAGCGAGCUGACGGCAGGCGGCCAGUUGCUGCCGGAAGGCGGCCGCCUGCCCGGGCGCCUUCGGGGAAAUUUUUCCUAUAAAUUUCCCGAUUUUUCCUCAACUCAAAAACACCUCUUCCAACCCUAAAUCAGUUCAAAACACCUUCUUUCUUCCUCCAUUUUCGAGCUCCAAAGGGUUUAGAGAGAGAGAAACUUCAAAUCUUCAUAUCUUCUUCAUUUUAGCUCCAAAUUAUGUCUGGAGGAAGACGUGACGAUCCCAUUUUCGAGGAGCCACCACUAGGACGGGAAGACCCGCCACCUCAGCCUGAUAUCCCAUUUGCUACUAUUGCUGAUCGCAGACGCUUCCAGGCAUGGGGGCAAUACCGCACGCUCCUUCCUCCCAUGAUCCUGGACCCGACGAUGCUAGAGGAAUGGGGGUACUGGGAUGAGAUUGAUUCCCUGCUAGGAGACUCUUUAUGGCGGAGGAUUCUAUUCGUCCAGGAGAGGGCCAGCCUUCCAUUGACGAUGGAGUUUCUGUGCUCCGUUCAGUUCACUCAUUACGGACAGGCUGUGCAGGAGGGUGCUGUUAUUGGGUCAGAGUCUCGGAUGAGGUUUACUAUUCUAGGCAUGGAGCACUCCAUCACUGUGGCUGAGCUCGGAUGGAGGAUGGGGCUCUAUACCCCAGCAUACACACAGACUGAGGAGUUCCGUGCUCUUCCGACCCGCUUACCCGAGGCAUUUGACAUUGAUGAGUUCUGGCACAGACACUCCACAGACACCAGAUCAUUUCUCCGGAUGCACCCCCAUUCGAACAAAUGGAGGGCGACUCACUGGUACAUACUCUCGUUCGUACUUUCUUGUGGUUUUUUUGGACGACCUAACAACACAAACAGGUUGUCCAAAAAGGACAUACUAUUCUUUUGGAGUUUAAUUCACCGCAUCCCGGUGAAUAUGGCUGUCCUUAUGGCUCGUUUCUUCCGGAGCCAGGGGAAGACUGUGCGGCGCACUAUCCAGGCAGGGCCUUUCAUCACUACUCUCGUUAGAUCAUUCUACCCAGAUCUAGACAUUCCAGGGCUACGGCACUUACAGGAUAGCAUCCGCGUUCUUCGAUCCUCAUCCUUUACCAACAUGAGGAUCAAGAAGAAGCGGAAUACUCAGGAGCUCCCAGGUAUUGAGCAGCCGACCCAGCAGGGUAGUUCUUCUCGACAUGAGGGAUCUAGCGAGCCCUUUUCAGACAUGCCUAGCGCCGCAGAUUGGAGAGCGAUGAUGGAUGGGAUGCGGACUCUCCAGACCUCAGUCUCAGAGAUGCGGGUUGCACAGGACAGAGGAUUCCAGGAGAUACGAGAGGCGCAUGAGUCGGCCCUGGGAGAGUUCAGAGACUUUCGAUUAGCUCAGGAGAGAGCCACCCAGGAUAUGCAGGCGGAGCUAGAGACCCAGAGGCUAGAUAUUGAUGAGAUGAGAGACUGGCUUAGGCCACACUAUGGCCCUCGGGAUUACGCAGGCGAUGCUUAGUUUUGCUUCUUCCUUGACAUAUUUUUUUAUUGUGUUUGUUUGUUUCUUCAGGUUGGACAUUGCGCUGCUCUUUUGACUUGAAUGCUCUUACAAACUGACUAUGGAUGAUGUAAGGAUUUUAAAAAACCAUUUUACUCCUGUUUCAUUAUUCCUCUUCACAAAAUCUUUUCAAAACUCAAGUGUGAGGAAAGAACCAAAAAAAAAAAAAAAUGUGCCUUUAUUUCCCAGUUUUGUGCCUCAAAAGAAGACCUCGAGGGCGAGGUCCAGCUCAAGUGUGAGGAGGUUGCGUUUUACACUCAAAAGCUAAAACCUUAUUUUAGAACAAUCUUUUUACUAUUUUUGACAUGAAACAUUAAUUUCUCAAUUUGUUAUCAAUCUCAUAAAUAGCUUAGAUAAUCACCCUUAUUAUAAGAAUUUACUUUUAUUAUUAUUUAGAAAACUUGAAUUUGUUAUGGGUUUUUGGUUGUGAAUGUAAAGGGCUGAAUUUGUUUUAAUUGGACAUUCAUUUUAUUCAUUAAAACAAAAAUGUUAGUAUUAAUAAAACUCCAAAACUCAUUGUUAUAGGACAAUUCCAUCUCCGAAAAGGGGCUCUGUUUCAUUCGUUAAUCACAGUCUGUGAGAAUGAAAUAUGCAUUUACCAUGGGAUAACACCGCCAACAAGAGUGAAAAAGAGCAAAAAAAAAAAAAAUAAAAAAAAAAAAAAAAAUGGUGAACAAGAUGAAUGUCCCAAUUAGAAUAAUGAAAACCUUGGGAUAAGGAAUUGAUUGGUGGUUUAACAUAAUAAAUAGUUUUUCUUAAGUAAUACUAAUUUUAAACUCUUGUAUUUUGGGUGAUUUUUCUAAAAUGUUUAAAGAUUGAGAAUAAAAAGAAGAGGUUUUUGUUUCUACUUCUUUAAAAUAGCAAUUAGAUUGUAAUACAGUUAGACUUUACCUUUUGAGUGUGUUUACAACUAAUUCGUCGCUUGAGGACAAGCAACGCUUAAGUGUGAGGAGAUUGAUAAGUCCAUUUUUGUACUUAUUUUUCUUAUCAAAUUUAAGCGAUUUUUGAAUAAAAAUAGAAAGAAAAGGCAUGUUUUAGAUAUUUUGGUUCGAGUUUCAUGAAAUCAGGUAAAAAUCACAUCCAUAAUAUGUUUAGCGGGAUUUCGGGUCAAUUGAGCACAAAAUGAGCCAAUUUGGAC